CGGAGAAGAAAGCGGAACAGAGGAAAAAUGGAAGGAAUGAAACUACUUUCCCUUCUCUUCCUUUGCCUUUUCCUUUUCCUUCUCUCACCAUUCUCUUCUUCUGCUUUUAUCCUAAACGACAGUCGUUUUGGGAGGUCGAGCUUCCCCUCUGUGCAUGCCGAUAAGCUCAUCAGGGACCUCAACCUCUUCCCCAAGGACGUCAACGUCAUCGACGCUCGUGAUGCGCCGGCGGAGGAGGGACCGAGGAUUGUUGAGAAAAGGUUCAGGUUUCCUAAUUUGAUAGGCAACGGAGGUGUCACCGUCGAUGAUUUGGGCCACCACGCCGGUUAUUACAAGCUCCCCAAAUCUCAUGAUGCAAGGAUAUUUUACUUCUUCUUUGAAUCACGCCACAACAAGGAGGAUCCUGUUGUAAUCUGGUUGACUGGAGGGCCAGGAUGUAGUAGUGAGUUGGCUAUGUUUUAUGAAAAUGGUCCUUUCAGUAUUGCAAGCAACAUGUCUCUUCUGUGGAAUGAGUAUGGAUGGGACAAGGCAUCAAACCUUUUGUAUGUUGACCAACCUGUUGGAACUGGUUUUAGUUAUACCACAGAUCGUCGUGAUAUUCGUCACAAUGAAGAUGGAGUUAGCAAUGACCUAUAUGACUUCUUACAGGUAUUCUUUGCAGAGCAUCCUCAGUUUACUAAGAAUGACUUCUACAUUACUGGAGAAUCUUAUGCUGGACAUUACAUUCCUGCUCUUGCUGCUCGAGUCCACCAAGGAAACAAAGCUAAGGAGGGAAUUCAUAUAAAUCUAAAGGGAUUUGCCAUUGGAAAUGGUCUUACUGAUCCUGCAAUUCAAUACCAAGCAUAUACUGACUAUGCAUUGGAAAUGGGAUUGAUUACAAAAUCUGAAUACAAUCGUAUCAACAAGGUGAUUCCAGUGUGUGAAAUGGCAAUAAAGCUUUGCGGCACUGAUGGUACAAUUUCUUGUAUAUCUUCAUAUUUUGUUUGCAAUACCAUAUUCAAUAGCAUCCUGGCACAUGCUGGCGGUAUCAAUUAUUAUGAUAUCAGAAAGAAAUGUGAAGGGAACCUUUGCUAUGAUUUCUCAAACAUGGAGAAGUUUCUGAACCUAAAAUCUGUUAGGGAUGCGCUAGCUGUUGGGGAUAUUGAGUUCGUCUCCUGUAGUCCGACAGUUUAUCAGGCCAUGCUGGUGGACUGGAUGAGGAAUCUUGAAGUUGGCAUUCCUGCUCUCCUUGAGGAUGGAAUCAAGUUGCUUGUGUAUGCCGGUGAAUAUGAUCUAAUCUGCAAUUGGCUUGGUAAUUCGAGAUGGGUUCAUGUGAUGGAGUGGUCUGGUCAGAAGCAAUUUGUAGCAUCUCCAGAAGUGCUAUUUGAAGUUGAUGGUUCAGAAGCCGGGCUAUUGAAAACCUAUGGCCCUCUCGGUUUCCUCAAGGUCCACGAUGCGGGUCACAUGGUUCCAAUGGAUCAACCUAAAGCUGCCUUAGAGAUGGUGACAAGGUGGAUGAAGGGCAGCCUGUCUGAAACUGCAGGAGAACCAGAAAAAUUGGUUGCUGAGAUGUAAUCGUCUUUAUUACCCUUAAGUCAGAAUAUCACAUGUUUUUCAGUUGAACAUGUAAAUAUUUGCUUAAAGGUCUCAUGUGAAACUGGAGAACACUGUAGCUUGGUGCUUUUCAACAUUUAGUAAAUCAAUUUAUAUAAUUACCCUCUUGACAUCCUCUAAAA